AUGCCUUUCCCUACCCUGUCCGAGUUCGCUGCUAAAUCAGUUGCUCAAGGAAUUGUAAAUGAGACUAUAUCGCUCGACUUCCGUUUGGAUACAAAGUGCAGCAAUGCGAUUGUUCGAGAAAUUUUCAACGAAGACAAAGUGUGUGGAGAAAACUACAGGAAACUAGAAGAGUACAAAAAUCAAUUAUCCGUGACAAAAAUUGAUUUCCGCAAAUAUGACGUCGACACAGAAGCAGUUCUAAAUUUGGCAAACUUCAAUUUGGUCUCUUUGGAUUUUGGAGAGAUGUGGUUUCUGGAGAUGGAUUUUCCCGAUCCCGAGUAUGGUGAAGAAUUCCUCGAUAUUGUGACUAUGUUUGAUCGAUCGAUGAAUAAUUAUUCGAGAAGAUCAUUGAUUCAUUUGGGGAUGGCAUCAGAUCAGGGAUACAUUAAAGGAUGGGAAAAAGAGGUGGAGGACUUGUUUCAUAUCGAUAUCAGUUGUCACACAUUUGAUGAUGAUCGAUUCCAAUUCCCAAGCUUUUGCGCUAGCUUCUCGAAUCUUCGGGUUUUGGACAUUUCCUAUGUAAAAGGUCUAUCAAGUCUUCAUGGAAUCAAUAAGCUCGAAAAUCUUCAAAAUCUCUUGUUAUGUCAUGAAGAUUUGGAUAAUAUCAAUGAAUACAAAGAGUUAUUUGAAUUAAAGACUCUGAAGCAUUUGGACGUCUCGAGUAACCAUUUCAGUGACAACUGGUCAGAGACAGGUACGAAUCCAAUCAGAGAUAUGUUGGCAGCAGGAGUACGAAUGGAAGCGCUAGAGUUUUUGGAUUGCUCAACGACUGCUGUCACUGAGCAUGAAUUGGAGGAAUUUGUGAAGAACCAUUCGUCAUUGCAAACGAUUGCCGCGAUUUGUACACCAUGCAACCAAUCUACAAUUUCCGGAAUGAAAAUGCUCAAUAUGUUUUCAAUGUCAGAAUCUCUUGGGUAUUUACUUCGGACAGAUCGUAAUACGCUGGUGUGCCAUUUCAUGAAAGACGUUUUCGAAACAGUAAAAGCUAAUCUUACACAUUUGGAUGAUUUCGACCUUUGUCGCGUCAAAAAUGCACUACUUUUUGUGUUACGGGAGCCAUUCGAUCGAGAAACCAAAGUCACUACACUGGCACGUUAUUUGGGCUCGGAACUAUUUCAACAUCAACUAUCAACUUCACGGUUUCCUACCGACACUGCUGACAUUAUUGAAAUGUUUUACAACGUCUUCAAUAAACGUGAUUUCUAUACUAGUUGGCAAGACGAAACUGUCGAGUUAAUGCUCGGAAUGCUUGAAGCUACUGUGAACUCUGUGUCUCCAGGAUUACUCAUUCCCGACAGAGUUCUACAUAUUGUUUUUGAAAAGACCUUUGCCUUGGUCGAUCAAUUUCCGCAAUAUCAAACCAAAGGGAAUGAGAUUGUUCGUCAAGCUGUUAAAUGGAUGAGCUCGGAGCAAAUUCAAAAAAUGUCAGGAAACUCGGAGUUGGAGAGAAAAGUUCAAGAGAUGAUCAACUCCGCCUAA